AUGGGUUGUCCACAGUACAUUUUGAAUUUCAUUAAAAGCUAUUUGACGAAUCGACGAGUUCAGAUUAGUACUGAACAUGGAACAGUGUCACAAUCAGUUGACCGAGGGUGCCCACAGGGCUCUUGUUUUGGUUCGUUAUUUUGGAUAACAGUGGCAAAUUCGUUAUUUCCACUGUUUGAUCACCUAGAAAAUUUAUGGAUCAUCGCAUAUGCAGAUGAUUUUCUUUUAAUUGCAGCAGGCCGCUCGAAUGUAACCCACCGCGCACAAUUGGGCCUAGAUAUUUUUGUAAAUUGGGCACAACAACAUAAGAUCACUCUCUCUCCCGGCAAAACACAAGCAUUAGCUAUAGGUCGGCGUUCCGUCCUUAGACGGAACCCUACACUAAAACUUUUCAAUGAGAGUAUCCAUUUUGUCUCUCAGUUUAAAUUUCUGGGAGUCAUAUUUGAUAACAAAUUAUCCUGGCUCCCACAUUUCAAAUACUUACAUAUUCGAAACCGCAUUCUUCUUAAUUCUUUUUUGGAAAUAUCUGGUUCUUCAAAUUGGGGUGUACCACCACAUUUUUUAAAACUUUGGUACAAAGUGGUCACCGAGCGGAUUUUUCUCUAUGCGUCAUCCAUUUGGGGCGCUCACUUAACCAGACAGAAGCGUCGAAUUCUCAAGCAACUACAGCGACCUUGUUUACUUUCCAUCACUAAAUCCUAUCGAACCGCUUCUACAUUGGCGCUUCAAACACUAGCAGAAACGCCUCCACUGGAUUUGCUGGUGGAGAGAGAGGUUUUACUUACACGAGUAUUACGGUUGGGAUUCGAUUUUUCUCUAUGGGGUCAAAAUUAUCGGUCAAUUCAAUUUGUGCAACGACCAGAUAGAGAUCUUUGGGCGCCUUCGGAGUUUGAUGUGCCUAAACGAAUUACGUUGGACAACACUGUUGUUCCACAGGCACGGUACGCCAUUUUUACUGAUGGCUCUAAGUUCGAGACUGGGGUCGGUAGUGCCUUGUGUGUAUUACAAAACGGAAAUGUCCAAUUUACUUGGCAGUGUGGCUUACACGUUCAAAGUUCGGUUUAUCAGGCUGAAUUAAUUGCACUGCGUAAGGCAGUUCGUCUUUCUAAAUUGCUUCUUGGUCCCAUUGUGAUCUUUACUGAUUCGGCAUCUAGUCUUCAGUCUUUACUUAGAAUUAUUCCAUUGGACCCCUUAGUUCAAGAUAUCCAAAAUUUACUACAAGCCCUUUCGCCGGCUGAUCGCACUUGGCUUACCUGGGUUCCGGCACAUGUUGGAAUCCGGGGGAAUGAGUUGGCUGAUGAGUUGGCGAAAGUUGCAGCUUUGUCAGUUUCUUUACCAAAAAUGAAUCUGCCACUGCCGGUCUCGAGUUUGAAGCGGGACACAUGGACUGCAUUAAUGAAUCAAUGGCAAAUGCGUUGGGACGGUGAGGUGGUCGGCCGUCGUACUUUUGCUUUUAUUCCUAAAGUCUCUACUGCUCUGCUUGGUUCUUCUGCUUAUCGAACAUGGUUCCUUACUGGCCAUGGUCCUUUUCCUUCUUUUCUUCAUCGCUUUAAUUUACGCUUUUCCAAUCUUUUCCCCUGUGGGUCGCUUGGCGAUCCAGACCAUUAUGCUUUUCACUGUCCUUUCACUUCUUCUUUCCAUCUUCACCCACCGUCCAGAGGUAAUAUUUCACAUAUAAUUGAAAUACUAUCACACAAUGAUCAUGCUCUGCAUAGACUAUAUAAUACAAUGCAAUUUUGUGCCGAAUAUUUUAAUUGA